GUGGUGGUGGUGGUGGUGGCGGAGGUGGUGGAGGCGGUGGUGGUGGUAGCUGUGUUAGCGUGCUGACCGGAGUUCCAUACCAAAGGUCGACAGACUGUGUCUUUGACUGGUCUCAUCCACAGCACUACAGUCCUGCCAUCAACUCAAUGGAAGCAUACGUAACUGGCUCAAGUUCAACAGUGGGUCGAAUCUUCGACGCCAUCCGAUUCGACCCCUCCCCCGACCCCCACCACGCCCACCACACCCCUCCCUCCCAGCCGCCUCCAUCCCUCCCCUGUCGCCCCUCCCCCCUGAGCGGUGACGAGCAGCUCAAGAACGAAUCCUCAGACUCCUCCAGCUGCGGGGACCUCCCCCCUGUGGACGGACAGGGCGGGGACAAAGAGACAGGGGGCGGGGCCGUGGGCCUGAUCCCCGGAGUGGGCGGAGCUAGUAAGUCGGAGGGGCCGGCCAAACCUCUGCACCACAAGCUGAUGAACGUGAGCGCCCAGCUGGAGAUGAAGCAGCUGUGGGACGAGUUCCACACCCUGGGAACUGAGAUGAUUGUUACGAAAUUGGGACGCCGGAUGUUCCCCACAUUCCAGGUCCGCCUGUUCGGCCUUGACCCCAACAGCGAUUACGUAGUCAUGAUGGACUUUGUACCCGAGGACGACAAGCGGUAUCGAUACUCCUUUCACACCUCCAGCUGGGUCGUUGCGGGAAAGGCUGACCCCCAUAUGCCAGGCCGGAUCCACAUGCACCCAGACUCUGCAGCCAGGGGUCACCAGUGGAUGAAACAGGUCAUCUCUUUUGACAAACUCAAGCUCACUAACAACCCUCAGGACAUCAACGGACACAUCAUCCUGAACUCCAUGCACAAAUAUCAGCCUCGACUUCAUGUCGUCUACUCCAACCCCAAGGUCGAGGACGUUUCUGGGACGGAAAAUCACCGGACCUUCAUCUUCCCGGAGACCAAGUUCAUGGCCGUUACUGCCUACCAGAAUCAAAGGAUUACACAACUGAAAAUCGCCAGCAAUCCCUUCGCCAAAGGCUUCAGAGACUGCGAUCCUAACGACUGCAUGGCAGAACUCCUCCAGAUCAACCCCGCCUGCCCCUCCCGCCCCCGCCCCCAGCACAGACCCAGCUCCCUAAGGCUACCCGGAUGUCCCGGCAAGAGAGAGGGUGAGAAAGACUCCAACCAAGAGAACCUCCAGUCCUCCCUAUCCUCCAUGACACCUCCCAUGCCCCCGAUGCCCGCUAUCCCACCUAUGUCUGCCAUGAACGGAGUGUCCAUGCUGCCCACCCACCUGCACGCCAGUCGACCCGGCCAGCUCUACUCAGACUACUACAACAGCUAUCCAACCUAUGCAGAUUCGUAUAUGAGCUCGUCCAAAACUCGCCCCUCCCCCUACGGAUGUCCCGUGGAUUAUGGGAACUAUACGCCAAGAGUGAAGAGUAUUUAUUAUCCGGAUUAA